AUGGAGGUCCUGGGUCUGGGUGUCUCUACCCGUUUCUCCGCUCAGCGGAGAGCUAUUCAGUAUCAUUCAGAUUCCCUGGAUGGAUUUGAUUCGCUAGCGAAUUCACCCCUGUCACAUCUCGGAAUGGACUCUGAAUCUUCUUCUCCUUCAUCUUUCAGCUGUAGUCUGUCUCCCCUGGAUUUGGACUGCGAUACUUCCCUUCCGUCGUUUUCCUAUGACGAAUCAUCCUCACCUCUGCUUGGUAUGCCGGAUCCGAUCGUACCUGCCAUGACUAUGGAUGAAUCGUUUGCUGUUGCAGCAGUGCCUCGGAGAUCUAUCAUGGUUCGGAAACGCAUGCAUGAAUGCUCGAUGGUGUGCUGGCUUUUCCGUACCCUGCUCACUUCGGAAUAUCGCGCUCUACCACUGAAUGCGAUCUUCGAGAUCUUUGAGGCUACUAAUCCAUCGUCCGCACAUGGCCGCCAUUGGCGCCAGUCGAUUCGGCACUGUCUAAUGUCGUCUGCGGUAUUUGUGCGCGUCCUUACUCCAAAUCCUCGGAAGGACUUUUUGGUGAUGAAUGAGGCCGGAUCAUGGUGGACAGUACAUCCAGACUGCGAAACAGCUUGUGCCGAUGAGGUAUUUCGUCCAGGACUCGCACAUCGGUGUCCACCCAACGGUGGCGGUGUAGCAUCGAGGUGA